AUGACAGUUGACAAUGAAGCGAUUGGUGAAAAGUUCAGAUUUGGAGAACUUGUUGAAAUCCCAAAAAAUCUGAGAAGACUAAUAUUGAGCUGUGGAAUCAUGAUCCUGCAAAAAUUCACAGGAUCAAAUAUGAUAAACUACUACAAGCCCAUCGUUUAUCAAAACACGAUGAACCUGACCAAGAACACUUCUUUGAUUUAG